AUGGACUCUCCAAACCCAUUUGGUAAUUCUCAAGGGUUUCAAGAGGACUAUCUUUUCUCCUUUUUACCGCCAAUAGAUGUAGGAUCACCACAGGUGCCCAGGUUUAGUCACGCCGAAGAGCCAACAGUUGUAGCUGAAGACCGCAAAGUCACACCGAGGAGGCAGUGGACACCAACAGAAGACCUUGUCCUCAUCUCUGCUUGGUUGAACACCAGCAAGGACCCCAUCGUGGGUAAUGACCAGAAAUCUGGUGCCUUCUGGUCACGCAUCAAGGCCACAUUCAACUCGAGCCCGAAGCUGAAAGAGUAUCCAGAUAGAGAGGGGACCCAUUGCAAGCAGAGGUGGAGCAGGAUGAACAACCAAGUGUGUAAGUUUGUUGGCUGCUAUGACACUGCGGUUAAAGAGCAAUCAUCCGGCCUAAACGACAACAACGUGAUGAAAGCUGCACACCAGAUCUUCCUCAACGAUCACGGCUUCAAGUUUUAA